GUGCAUCACAGCAGAAUUAAUUUCUUCUUGAAUGGCUGGGAAGAUGACAACACACCUUUUGAUUCAAGGAUUCUUGUGGGAACAGUUGCAGAUGCUGAUGGUACACUGCGAAUUGGACAAAGUUUCACAGGUUUAGAGCAAUUUGUUGGAAGAAUGCAAGAUUUUCGAUUUUACCCAGUGGCACUUACAAACAGAGACAUUUUGGAAGUAUUCUCUGGAAAAUUUCCUCAUCUGCAUACCCAAUCUGAGUGCCGCUGUCCUGGAAGUCAUCCCCGUGUACACCCAUUGAUACAGAGGUACUGCAUCCCUAAUGGUGCAGAUGAUACAACUAACGAUAGAGUGCUGAGGUUGGAUGCAGAAGCCCAUCCCCUGUAUUACAUCAAUGAUGAUGACAUUGGGACCACCUGGAUUUCAUCUGUGUUUGCUAAUACUGCAGGUCUGGAUCAUGGUGUUUCCAUCACAAUAGAUUUACAAAAUGGACAGUAUCAGGUAUUCUACAUUAUACUGCAGUUCUUUAGUCCACACCCUGAAGCAAUAAGAAUUGAAAGGAAAAAAAGAGAUGAUCUAAACUGGGAAGACUGGCAGUAUUUUGCUAAAAAUUGCAGUAUUUUUGGAAUGGAUAACAAUGGAUCUCUGGAAAAACCAGACUCUGUCAACUGUCUCCAGCUUCCUAGCUUUACACCGUAUUCCCGUGGUAAUCUAACUUUUAGUGUUCUUACCCCGGAACCAAAUCACCGACCUGGUUACAAUGAUUUUUACAAUACUCCAUCUCUCCAAGACUUUGUAAAAGCUACACAAGUGAGGAUUCAUCUCCAUGGCCAGUAUCACACUACUGAGUCUUGGGUAAAUUUUAGGCAUAGAUACUAUGGAGUAAAUGAAGUUACAGUCAGCGGAAGGUGUAAUUGCCAUGGCCAUGCUGAUAAUUGUGAUGCCACUACGGAACCGUAUAGGUGCCUGUGUGUCAAGGAAAGCUAUACAGAAGGAAAUAAUUGCGAUCGCUGUUUGCCAUUGUACAAUGACAAGCCUUUUCGUCCAGGUGACCAAGUUCAUGCCUAUAAUUGCAAACCUUGUCGAUGUUACGGCCAUGCGGUAAGCUGCCACUAUGACUUAGCAAUGGACCCUUUUCCUCAGGAACACUACAGGGGCAGUGGUGGAGUGUGUGAUAACUGUCAACACAACACAGCUGGAAGGAACUGUGAGCUGUGCAAGGAUUUCCAUUACAGACAAGCAGGUGCAGAUCUUUCAGCCAUUGAUGUUUGCAAACCCUGUGACUGUUAUGCAACAGGCACCAAAAACAAGAGCCUCCUGUGUGAUAAUAUUGGAGGCCAGUGUAAUUGUAAGAGACAUGUGUCUGGCAGACAAUGCAAUCAGUGCCAGGAAGGAUUCUACAAUCUACAACAGUCAAACCCUGAUGGCUGCAGUCCCUGUAACUGUAAUACCUCUGGGACAGUCAAUGGAGAUAUUACCUGUCACCAAAAUUCAGGCCAGUGCAAGUGCAAAGCAAAUGUUAUUGGUCUUAGGUGUGAUAGUUGCAAUUUUGGAUUUAAAGCUCUCAGAUAUUCUAAUGAAGAUGGAUGUGAGCCUUGUUGGUGCAACAGCCACGGCUCAGUAAACCAAUUCUGCAACCCUCUCUCCGGGCAGUGCAAUUGUAAAGAACGAGUGAAAGGGCUUCGGUGUGACACCUGCAUCGACAACUUUUAUGGGCUGGAUGUAACUGGUUGUAAGGCUUGUGAAUGUAAUGUUGCAGGGUCGUUUUCUGGAACUGUGUGCAAUGAGAAGACAGGGCAAUGUGCGUGUAAACCAAAUGUUGGAGGAAGACAAUGUGACGAAUGCCUAGAUGGCUACCACAAAGCCCAGGAAAACCGUUCCUUUGUUUGUCUGCCAUGUAACUGCGAUAGGGCAGGUACAGUGAAUGGCUCUCUGCUUUGUGACAAAUCAACGGGACGGUGUCCUUGCAAAGCUGGUGUAACUGGCCUUCAGUGCAACCAGUGCAUGCUUCAUACGUACAACCUUAGCGUGAGCAACCUCCUCGGCUGCCAGCCUUGUGACUGCGAUGCUCUGGGCACGCUGGCCGGAACAGUUUGUGACCACGUUUCUGGACAGUGUGUCUGUUUGCCUCAGCGUCAGGGGAGGAGGUGUGAUGAGUGUAAACCAGGUUUUUAUUUUUCUCCAUCCAGUGUCACUGGCUGUCUGCCGUGCCUGUGCCACAUAGCUGGCUCAGUGAAUCAGAUCUGUGAUAGACUAACUGGCCAAUGUAUUUGCCAAGAUGCCUCUGUAACAGGACAGACAUGUGAACGUUGCAAAGAACUUCAUUUUGGAUUUGAUUCUGUCACAGGGAGAUGUCAGCACUGUAAUUGUCAUCCUGCAGGAGCCAUUAGUGGGACUUGUCAUCGUGUUACUGGACAGUGUGUUUGUAAACAAUUUGUAACUGGCUUGAAAUGUGACAAUUGUGUUCCGGAUGCUAGUAAUUUGGAUGUCCACAACCUAUUUGGCUGCAGUAAAACUCCAUUCCAGCAACCACCUCCUACAGGAGAAGUUCUCAAUUCCUCUGUUAUCAGUCUUUUGUGGAGCUCCCCCGACUCUCCAAAUUCUAACAGGCUUACUUACCAGCUGUAUAGAGAUGAGGCUGAAAUUUAUACAACUGAAGACUACUACCCUUAUAAUGUUCAGACCUUCACUGAUACCAUGUUAUCUCCGUAUACCUUCUAUUCCUAUUACGUCCAAGCCAGCAACGUUCAUGGCUUUACAAGAAGUGCCUCAGUGACAUACAGAACGAAAUCUGGGGUGCCUACAGGGAGCUUGCACUUAAAUCCUGUUUUUCCUGUUAGUCACCGCUCUGUUUUACUUUACUGGACAAACCUCUCCAAUGACUCUGGGCCCAUAGAGAAAUACAUUUUGACAUGUACUAGAUUGGUUGAUCUUCAGCCUUGUGGUCAGUAUGAAGGAUUAAAAACUUCAGCAAUGAUUUGGAAUCUCAUUCCAUUUACAAAGUAUGUUUUUUCUGUGCAAGCUUGUACUAGUGGAGGCUGCUUAAAGAGCCAGCCAGUAACAGUAAUUACUGCACAAGCUCCUCCAGAAGGGCUACACCCACCAAUUAUAGAAACCAUCAGCUCUACAGAACUGGCUGUGGAAUGGUCACCACCUGAGAAACCAAAUGGCAUAAUUAUAAGAUAUGAACUUUACAUGAGAAAAAAAGUAAAACCAGCUGGGAACUUUCUGCCUCCUGAAAGUCGUAUUUUCCAAAGCAGUGGAUGGCUCAGCCCUCAACCAGUUAUGGAGUCUCCUAAUGAAAAUGCCCUGGCUCCACCGCAGACCAGUACCACAGUCACUGAUCUGGAGCCAUUCACAGAGUAUGAAUUUUAUGUGCUAGCAGUAAACAUGGCAGGUAGCACAUCUUCAGACUGGAUAUCAGGACAAACAGGAGAGGCUGCCCCAGUGUUCAUGCCAUCUCCAUCAGUAUUCCCUGUUUCACCAUAUUCCCUUAAUGUGUCAUGGGAAAAACCUGAAGAUAAUUUAGCAAGAGGAGAAGUGAUGGGAUACAGCAUCAGUUUGAUGACAGACCAAAGGUUCUUGCCACCAUUUGCCCAGGUUUUGCAUAUAGCUGAGGCUGAUGAGCUAUCCUAUAUAGCGACAGGAUUAAAACCUUACAGAACGUACAACUUUACAGUUACUCUCUGCAAUCAAAUUGGUUGUGUAACCAGCGAGCCAGGCAUGGGGCAAACCUUGGCGGCUGCUCCAACAAAACUUAGUGCCCCUCGUGUUGAAGGAAUAAACAGCACAAUAGUAAAGAUAACUUGGAAUGAACCUGAAGAACUUAAUGGGCCUUCUCCCAUCUACCAGGUGGAAAGGAUGGAUUCAUCUUUAGCUACAUUGAGUACAGAAGUAAUGAAAGGGAUCCGUUUCCCAGGAAAUGGAUAUUACAGAUUCGCUAGUUCCAGUCUCCCCACCAAUACUUACUUUACAGGUAUUAAAGUGAAAUUUAGAACCCAGGAACCUGAUGGUUUGAUUUUUUUCUCUGCAUCACCUGGGAAUCAAGAGGAAUAUAUUGCGCUGCAACUGAGGAGUGGUCGUCCUUACUUUCUUUUUGAUCCACAGGGAUCUGCGGUAGCAGUCACUCCAACUAAUGAUGGUGGGAAAGAUAACAGUUGGCAUCAAAUAAUUGCUACAAGAAUUCAAGCACUGGGAAACAUCACAGUGGAUGGGCAGUACACAGGUUCUUCUGUAGCAACUAGUGGCAGUAGCAUUAUUGGAGAGAACACGGGAGUUUUUGUUGGAGGACUUCCACAGGGUUAUACUAUUGUAAGAAAGGAUGCAGGUGAGUACAUCCAGAAAGGAUUUGUGGGGUGUCUCAGUGAUGUAUUUUUGAAAAAAGUGCAUACUCCCUAUGAAAACUGGGAAUCUUUGAACUGGCAGGAUGCUGAAGAGCAAACCAACGUCUAUCAAAUUUGGGAAGGAUGCCCCGUUGUCCUUUCAGACGGAGCACAUUUUCUUGGCAAAGGGUUCCUGGAACUGCAUUCAGGUGUUUUCAGUGGUGGACUGGAAUUUGAGAUCUCAUUCCAAUUUAGAACAGAUCAACUGAAUGGUUUGCUUUUGUUUGUUUACAAUAAAGAUGGCCCAGAUUAUCUUGCAAUUGAACUGAAAAGUGGAAUAUUAAACAUCUUUUUAAAAACUGGCAUUGUCUUUACACAAGUGGAUCUCUGGUUAGGACUAUCUUAUUGUGAUGGAAAGUGGAACAAAGUCACAGUGAACAAGGAGGGCUCCGUAGUUUCAGCAAGUAUGAACGAACUGAGUGAGCAGACACUCGAACCCCGUCUUCAGCAGCUAAAAGCAAACUCACCUGUCUACCUAGGAGGAAUCCCACCUGAGAUUCAGAAUUUUUAUAAAGAACUGGGGUUAGAACAAGGUUUCGGUGGUUGCAUGAAGGAUGUUAAAUUUACACGAGGUGCUGUCGUUAACUUGGCAUCUGUGUCCGGCAGUGCUGUCAGAGUCAAUCUGGACGGAUGCCUAUCAACUGACAGUGCUGUUAACUGCAGGGGAAAUGACUCCAUCCUAGUAUACCGAGGAAAAGAGCAGAGUGUUUAUGAGAGUGGUCUACAACCAUUUACAGAGUACCUUUAUAGGGUGGUUGCCUCAAACGAAGGAGGAUCAGUAUCUAGUGUAUGGACUCGUGGUCGUACAAGAGAGUCAGUUCCACAAAAUGUGCCAACUCCCUCAAGAGUUCACAGUAUAAAUGGUUACAGCAUUGAGGUCACCUGGGACAAACCUGCUGGGGUCAUAGGUGUAAUUGAGAAGUACAUUUUGAAAGCAUAUGAAGAGGAUGGUCCCAAUGUACCCAUCACUAGUGCUGAGCUUGCUGACACUAGUAUGCUCACAGGCAUAUUGACGGGCUUGCAUCCCUUCACAAACUAUGCUGUAACCCUAACUGCUUGCACUUUGGCUGGCUGUACUGAGAGCUUGCAUGCAUUGAACAUCUCCACUCCACAAGAAGCCCCUGAAGAUGUGCAACCACCCACAGCAAUAUCCUUUCCCACGUUCUUGCUGAUGAGUUGGAGUCCACCAAAAAUACCAAAUGGUCUUAUUACACAAUAUACUUUAUAUAUGAACGGAGUACCACUUUACUUUGGAAAUGGAACCAAAUAUGUUGUAAAAGAUUUAGCAGUGUUUACGCCACACCAGUUUCUGCUCACUGCAUGCACGCUCGCUGGCUGUACAAACAGUUCCCAGGUCACCUUGUUUACAGCACAGCUGCCACCAUCUCACGUAGAUGCCCCGGUCCUGACGGUUUUGGAUUCUAGAACGAUAUAUGUACAAUGGAAAGAACCAGUAGAAGUAAAUGGAAUCCUAGAUCGCUAUAUAAUUUAUAUUGCCAACAAUGAGCAGAAUUUUACAAAGUGGAAUGUAAUCUAUAACAGCACAGAACUUUUUCUGGAUUUUACUAUUCAGCAGCUUUUUCCGGGUACUGAAUACCUCAUAAAACUAGCUGCUUGCACUGGAGGUGGCUGUUCAAUAAGCGAAGCUAGCACAGCUAUAACAGAUGAGAGUACACCAGAAGGUGUUCCUGCUCCAAAAGCCCAGUCAUAUUCAUCUGACUCCUUUAACAUCUCAUGGACUAAGCCUGAGUAUCCGAAUGGUAUUAUUACUAGCUAUGGAUUGUAUAUGGAUGGUGUUCUGAUGCAAAAUUCAUCACAGCUAAGCUGUUAUGCUUAUGGACUUGCUCCUUGGAGUCUGCAUUCCUUCAGAGUCCAGGCAUGUACUGCAAAAGGUUGCGCUUUGGGUCCAUUGGUAGAAGCUCGGACCAUGGAAGCUUCCCCCGAGGGAACAGUUGAUAUAUUUGCUACUGUUGAUGGGUCCAAAGAAGUUGAAUUAAAAUGGGUUGCCCCAAAUAAACCUAAUGGAAAAUUGACCUACAAAGUCCUUGUCACUGGUCUUUUCUACACUGAUCAAGCUAAUGCUAAUUAUUCUAUUGUAAAUGGUACUCGGAUGUUAUGCAGCAGCAACGAAUCCAAUGUAUGGGUACCCAUUAAAGGACUGAUUCCAUUUUCUAACUACACAGUACAAGUGAAUGCUUCCAAUAGCCAGGGCAGCUUGAUAAGUGAUGCUAUAACAAUAGACAUGCCUCCAGGAGCUCCAGAUGGCGUGAUGCCUCCAAGGCUUUCAUCUGCCACUCCGACCAGUCUUCAGGUUGUCUGGUCUACACCAGUUCGCAACAACGCCCCAGGCACGCCCAGCUACCGACUCCAGAUGCGGCGGAGGCAUUCUGCUGGUGACAUUUUAGAUUUGCUUUCCAGCCCUACUGCUUCCUUACAACACAGGGUUGGAGAUCUUCAGCCAUACACCGAGUAUGAGAUGAGAGUGGUUGCCUCCAAUGGUUAUGGCAAUGCUUAUAGCAAGUGGACGUCAAUGACUACAGCAGAGGACAAACCCGGACCUUUAGAUCCACCACUUCUACUGAAUGUUACAGCAAGGGCAGCGAGCAUCACCUGGCAGCAUCCUUUAAAGCCAAAUGGCUUUAUCACUCAUUAUAAUAUUUACCAAAGUGGCCAACUGCAUGCUACAGUGCCAGGAACUAGCUCUAAUUGCACCGUGGAAGACUUGCAUCCUUACACUGUCUAUGUGUUUCAGGUAGAAGGAUGCACUUCUAAAGGAUGCUCUCUUUCACCCGAGACCCCAGAAAUACAGACUCUUCCGGAUGCACCUGAGGAUAUUCCUGCUCCAGAGCUGUAUUCCGAUACUCCAACUUCUGUGGUCAUAUCCUGGCAACCCCCUGCUCACCCAAAUGGUUUGGUGGAAAAUGUUACAAUAGAAAGGAGGGUGAAGGGAACAGAACAAAUAUCAACUGUGGUGACUCUCCCUCUCGGUCAGCCCAUGAGCUACAUUGACCAGAGUACUGCUCUGAGCCCUUGGCAGAAAUUUGAGUACAGAGUGCUGAUGAGCACUCUUCACGGAGGCACGAACAGCAGUGCGUGGUCAGAAGUUACCACUAGACCAUCAAGACCUGCUGGUGUUCAGCCACCUGAUGCAGAAGCGUUGGGACCGCAUUCAGUUAAGGUCUCAUGGGAACGUCCUCUGAUACAAAAUGGUGAAAUCCUUAACUAUGAGAUUCGCAUGCCUGAUCCACGCAUUGUCAUUACUGGGAAUACUUCAUCAUCAUUAAGUCAUUUGGUGACUAAUCUUAUACCCUAUACAAACUACUCGGUCACUGUAAUAGCUUGCUCCGGAGGCGAUGGCUUUCUAGGAGGCUGCACAGAGAGUUUGCCUACCAGCGUGACUACUCCUUCAACAGUUCCUCAGGGUGUUAGUCCAUUGUCUGUGACUCCAGUCAGCGAGUCCUUUAUUGUCAUUUCUUGGCAGCCACCGCUAAGGCCGAACGGUCCUCAUCUGAGAUAUGAGCUCCUGAGACGUAAAAUCCAGCAACCACUUGCAUCAAAUCCCCCUGAAGAUUUAAAUCUGUGGCACAAUAUUUACUCAGGAACUCAGUGGUUUUAUGAAGAUAAGGGUCUUAGCAGGUACACAACAUACGAGUACAAGCUCAUAGUGCACAACGAGGUAGGAUAUACAUCAAGUGAAGAAGUGAUAGCUACUACAUUAGCGGGAUUACCAGAGAAAGGAAGUAUCCUCAUUGCACGUGCUGUUAAUCAUACCGCUGUAGAAGUGGAAUGGUCAAAACCAACACUACAAGAUUUGCAAGGAGACGUUGCAUAUUACACCCUCUUCUUGAAUUCUACUGAUGAUAAUAGAUCUCUGAGGAUCCAGGCUGAUGUAAACUCUACAGUCAUAGGUGAUUUGCAGCCCAACACAGAGUAUCAGAUAUUUUUUCAAGUGUCUAAUGGAGCCCACAGCAUCAACAGUGAAGUUGUGCAUGUGACUACCUCAGAUGGAGAGCCUGAGGGCAUGUUCCCUCCAGAGGUUGUCAUCAUCAACAGUACAGCUGUACGUGUCAUCUGGACAUCGCCUUCAAACCCAAAUGGUGUUGUCACGGAGUACUCUAUCUUUGUAAAUAAUAAGCAGUACAAGACUGGAAUGAACGAGCCGGGGUCCUUUCUUUUAGCAGAUUUGUCUCCAUUCACUGUAUAUGAUAUACAGAUUGAAGCCUGCACGGUGUACGCCUGUGUGAGAAGCAAUGGGACCCAGAUUACAACUGUGGAAGAUGAGCCAAAGCAGCUGUCAGCACCCAUUAUUCACAUAAUUGGCUCAAGAUCUCUUCAAAUCAACUGGGCAUCACCAGGGCAGCCAAAUGGCAUUAUCCUGGGAUAUGAACUCUUACGUAAAGCGUGGCAGAGGUGUACCCCAUCGAAGACUCCAAGGAGCAGCAAAAGUAACAGAAUGUGCAUCUCAUUAGAAUGUAAAAAGCAUGAAAAUAUCUGUGGAGAAGUGUGUUAUCAUCCAGAGUUGAAGGUAUGUUGUAAUGGGAUUCUGCACGACAAUAAACCUGGCUUCCAGUGCUGCGAGGACAAGUACAUUCCAUUUAUUCUUAAUUCACCAGGGGUUUGCUGUGGUGGUCAGAUACAUGCUGUGCAACCGAAACAUCAGUGCUGUGGUGGUUAUUACACUAGGGUAUUAGUAGGAGAAGUAUGUUGCCCUAACUCAGAGCAAAACAGAGUUUCAGUUGGAAUUGGUGACUCUUGCUGCCAGGGAAUGCCUUACUCUACAUCGGGCAAUCAAAUCUGCUGUGGUGGAUCCCUCCAUGACAGUUUCAAUCAACAGUGCUGUGGUGGAGAAGUCAUAAGCACCAACUUGGUCUGUUGUGGUGAUGAAAAAGAAGGGACUGCACACAGACUUCUCCCAGGGAUGUUCUGUUGUGGGCAGGAAUACGUGAAUAUGUCAGAUACCAUAUGCUGCUCAGGUUCCAGUGGUGAGUCCCUAGCUCAUGUUAGAAAGAAUGACCAAGUGCCAGUAAAAUGCUGUGAGACUGAACUUAUUCCAAAGAGCGAAGAAUGCUGUAAUGGAGUUGGAUAUAAUCCUUUGAAAUAUGUUUGCUCUGACAAGAUUUCAGCUGGAAUGAUGAUGAAGGUAAAAGAAGAAUGCAGGGCUAAUACCCUUUGCCCUUUAUCUAUGGAGGCAACAGCACAUUGUGGAAAGUGUGACUUUGAUCCUAGGGAGAAUAUCUGCGCAUGGAUAAAAGGCUCACAGAGUGCUAUGGAAACGGAGAUAAAAGAAGGUGUGUGUCCAGCUGAAGAGGAGACUGUCUACACAGGGAGUCCAAACCAGUAUUCAUUUACAGACCUAAACCUCGAACCUUUUAUCACAUAUGAGUACAGAGUGGCUGCUUGGAAUAGCUAUGGAAGAGGCUUCAGUGAAAUUAGCAGAGCUGUCACUAAGCAAGAUGUGCCACAGGGUGUAAGUCCACCAAAAUGGGCCAAAGUGGAUAAUCGGGAAGACGUGAUACUUCUAAACUGGGAAGAACCACUUCAACCAAAUGGUCUUAUUAUUCACUACAUCAUUCUCCGAAACGGAAUCGAGCGUUUUAGAGGAAAAGAAAUGAGCUUCAUAGACACAAGUGGUGUCCAGCCAUAUCAAGAAUAUUCAUACCAGCUGCGAGCCUGCACUGUUGCUGGUUGCACAGACAGCAGUAAGGUAGUUGCAGUCACUGUCCAAGGAGUCCCAGAGAGUGUUCAGCCACCAGACAUCAGUGCUUUGAACUCCACAGCAUUACAUUUAAGCUGGAUUGCACCCAAGAAACCAAAUGGCAUCAUCAGAGAGUACCAGAUCAGUCAAGUAGGGAAAGGACUUAUACACACUGACACUGCAAGCAGAAUGCAGCACAUAGUAUCAGGUCUGCAGCCGUACACUAAUUACAGCUUCAUGCUUACUGCAUGCACAUCUGCUGGGUGUACUUCUAGCCAACCACUUUCAGGUCAAACUUUACAAGCUGCUCCUCACGGGGUAUGGCCAAAUCCUCAUCAUAUCAUAGUCAGCUCGACAGAAGUGGAAAUCUACUGGAGCGAACCAAAGAAACCCAACGGACUCAUUACUCAGUAUCGAUUAUUUCGUGAUGGAGAACAGAUUUUCCUGGGUGGCAGUGCAGACCUGGAUUUCACAGAUGUUAACCUGCAGCCUAACAGUAGAUAUGUUUACCAGCUGGAAGCCAGCACUUGGGGCGGCAGCAACACUAGUGAUAAAUAUGUUAUACAAACACCAGUAGGAACACCAGAGAAAAUUCAUGUCCCAUAUAAUGUCACAGUAAUUGAUGCAUAUUCUAUAUUUCUAGCUUGGGACGUGCCAGGGAUAUUCAUUGUCAGUGUGCCUUUGGAAUACAACAUCUUACUAAACGCGAGCAGUCCCACUCUACUGGUGAAGCCAGUAGGACGCGAACAUUUUGCUUUUGUCGAUGGCCUAGAUCCCUACACCCUGUAUGAGAUAAGAAUACAAGCAUGCCAGAAUGGUAGCUGUGGAGUGGGUGGUCAAACAUUUAUAAGAACUGCUGAAGCACCUCCUAGACAAUUGAGCCCACCUAUCGUUAAAGCAAUGGGAUCUACACUCAUAGAAGUGAAAUGGGCACCACCUAAGAAACCAAAUGGCAUCAUUACUAACUACUUUAUUCACAGACGUCCUGUGGGCAGGCAAGAAGAGCUGCUUUUAUUCAUCUGGGCUGAAGGAGCUUUGGAAUUUAUUGAUGCAUCUGAUGCUCUGCAGCCUUUUACUCUCUACGAAUAUCGUGUCAGAGCUCAAAAUGCUGUGGGGUCAGUGGACAGCCUGUGGGCUUCAACCCAAACUCUGGAGGCUUCCCCACGGGGCAUGGGAGCCCCUUGGGCACAAGCAACGAGUGCAUACUCAGUGCAGUUGAACUGGACCCAGCCUGUCUCUCCCAAUGGUGUUAUAUCUCUGUAUCGAGUAGUCUAUCAAGAAAAACGCAGCGAUCCAACAUUUAGCAUCCCAGCUGUUACAGCACUAACCGUAAUG